AUGUUUGAAGACUUCUCCUUUACAUCGCCAUCGUCGCGCCCGGCACGUCUAGCCCUAGAGGAUGACCGCUUGAUGGUCGAUACAGACAGCCUAAUUUCACCACUCUCCUCACGCUGUCCAUCACCACAAUCCCGUCUCCGGAACCGCCGCAAUUACCGCUCUCAACCGCCAACUUCAGUCCCAUUCCCCUACGAAGACCACAAAGACAACAAACGCCUCUCCAUAUCAACACUCACUCAAAAACUACACGAACAUACUUUGGCUCCAGGCGACCGCGACCGCAUGUCCCCAGGCUUCUCACCCAACUACCCAGCCUACGUCCUCACACCCCCUGACACAGACCACGACGAUGAAUCCCUAUCUCCCUCCAGCCCGACAUUCCCUCCACACUCGGAAUCCAAUGACGACAUCCGCUCGCGAAGGCAGCAUAUCUCGCGGUUGCAGUGCAACGAGUCCGAAAUCGAGGCUAUGCGGAGUCUGAUCGAGGAGCCCGAAGAGGAAGAGGAUUGUCAUCCGAGUUCGUUACCGCCUAGGCACUCGCCGCGCAGGCGAGCGGUGACGCUUUCCAGGAGUCGGUUUGGGCCGGAGGAGAGGCGGAGGAAGAGUUCGGCUGGGGUCUUGUCGAGUCGGGUUGAGAAGGAUCGUCAUGGUCAUGGUCAUGGCCAUGGACCUGGAAAGAGAAAUGAGGGGCUGAGGAGGAAAAGCCUUGUGAGUGCGGCUUUGGCUUCAAUGGUUGAAAGAGAAUAG